UCCACGUCGCACAGAGGAACGGCUUCCGCCCGUUUUACCUCGCCGCGGGCAGGCGCCUUUCCAAAGCCUUUCGGGAAGGUUGCUGUGGUGACGUCCAGGGGCCAGGAAAGGAGAGAGCGGGAGAGCGGUAGUGCACAUUCAUAAGAUUCUAUUAUCAGAUUUCAUGGUAUAAAGCGUGGGACAUCACCUAAGCACUCACCUGCUACCCAAGAGGCCGUGUUUUGGAAGAUGCAUCUGCUCUAUGUGGUCCUUGUUUGGCUGUCUCUUAGCUAUGGUUUUGAUUCUAACUGUCCUGGAAGAUGUAGCUGUGAUUCCAUGCAGUCGGUACAGUGUUACAGGCUAACUGAGGUACCAUCAGGUAUUCCUUCCACCACCAAGAAGCUCUACAUCAGCCACAGCAGAAUUCAACGCCUUCAGCUAUGUAAUUUCACCCGAAUGUUGGCUCUAGAAGAUUUUAUUCUGUUGGCCAGUGGAACAGAGUCAGUAGAAAAUGACACCUUCAAAACUCUGAGUACCUUGAAGACCUUGGAACUCUGGAAAAAUAAGUUAAGACGAGUCCCCAGUGCUCUCCCCGCCAGUCUUGAAGUGUUAAAACUAAAUGAUAAUUCAAUAUAUGUCCUACAGGGAUCUGAUUUUGAAGGACUAAAGAAAUUAAAAAUCCUUGAACUUAAAAACAAUCUGAUCUCUUCUCUCUCUUCCCACACGCUCUCCUCCCUUGUCAGUUUGGAAAAUUUGAUGUUGGACGGCAACAGUAUUGAGUCUGUAGCUGGGCAGCUGGUACUUCCCCGUCUGAAACAUGUGAGCAUGGAGAAUAACAAACUGCAUCUUAUACCAGCUAAUUUCUUUACAUCUCUUCAGUCUUUGCGAUUUCUCAGUUUCAGUGGUAACUUUCUGACUAAAAUGCCUGUAAAUAUGCCCAAAUCCUUGUUCUCUUUAAAAAUGGAGAGAAACCAACUCAAAAUAGUAAGGUUUCGAGACAUGAAACACUUGGAAAAUCUUUCCCAUCUUUACCUGUCAGAAAACUCUCUCUCUUCCAUUGAUGGGGCACAGCUCCUUGCCAAUUUAACUACUCUUGAGCUGUCCCAAAACCAGCUUCAGAUGUUGCCCCUCAGACUACCAGCAAGGCUACAAAAACUUGAUAUUAGCAAUAAUCUGAUUCAGAGAGUUACAGCACAAGACUUCCAGGACCUCCGAGACUUGAAACAUUUGUUUCUGGACAACAACAUCGUCAGCCUGUUCGAAGCUGGAGCCCUACAGAGGUGUUCCCAGCUCUCCAACCUGGCACUGGAACAAAACCUGCUGUUGUCUAUACCUCUAAGGCUCCCAGGGACCUUAGCCAGGCUGGACCUAAAAGGCAAUGCCAUCCAGGAUAUUGCUGAGAAGGAGCUCAAGGAUCUAAAGCAGCUUCAGGUUCUGAACCUCAGGAACAACAAGAUCUCUGCUUUAGACCUCAGAGCCUUGGAGGGGCUGCAUCGCCUCAGGUAUCUGUACCUGGAUGGAAAUCCGUGGAAUUGCACCUGCAGUCUCCUAAGAGUAAGGGAGAUCCUGAAGGCCAAGGGCACAGAUGUGAGGGGAGGACAAUGUGCAGCACCGGCUGAACGACAAGGGGAGAGCUGGAUGUCCUCCAAGAAGAUCAUGAAGCAAUGUGAGCACCACUUACAUCUCACUGAGAAAAGCACAGAGACCAAAAAGAAACCAAAACCUGAGGAGCUCUCGAACAUCAGAGCCAAUGUGGACGAUGAUGAUUAUGAUUAUGAAAUAGAUUAAGUAUGUGCUUUGUUUACAAUGUAGAAAAGGUUUUUGUUGUUUUAAUAGACUUUAUUUUUAGAGCAGCUUUAGAUUCACAGCAAAAUUGAAAGAAAGAUACCAAAUACCAAGAUUUCCCAUCUCUCCCUUAUCCCCACACAUGAACAGCCUCCCCCAUUAGCCCGUCCUCCACCAGACUGGAGCAUUUACUACACUUGAUAAACCUGCACAGACACAUCAUAAUCACCCAAAGUCCAUGGUUCACUGUAGGGUUCACUCUUUGUUUUGUACAUUCUGUGGGUUUGGACAAAUAUAUAGUGACAUAUAUCCACUGUUACAGUUUCACACAAAGUAGUUUCACUGUCCUAAAAAUCCUCUGUGCUUCAGAAAAGUUUUUUAAUGCUCAAUUUCUUAAGCAGAAAUAUACAUGUAGAUAUGCAAGACUCUUUUUGUAAGUUUUUCUUUUUUUAAGAAUGAAAUGAGGGUUAAGAUAAUUUGAGGUGGGGGGAGGAAAGUAGAAAGGAACAAUGAUAAGAAGAUGUAAGAUUCCUUCCUCUUUAAAAAUAAUUUGUGUUUUAUAUUGAAGCCUACACAAAUAAUAAUGCCAAAGAAAAUCAUCUGGCUAACUUCCUGCAAAUAGAGUAGUUAAUUUUAUCAAAUAUAAUGUGAUGGGAUUUUUUAUAUGAAGCUGGUGCCUAUUGCCCUGCACCACAGGCUUUUGGCUUCAAGCAAUAAAAAUAGACUAACUUAAGCAAGAGAUAAUUUAUUGGAAACACUGGGAAAAGCUCACAAAGGAAAAACUUGAAUAAAUCUGGAAAGGAGAGAGAUCAGAAUUGUUCCAGCACCCAGGCACAAGGACAUAAUGGAGAGACCCUCAGCUGCUUCAGGGUUUCCUAUGGAAGAUGAAGUGCCCCAUUAUUAUCACUGUUAGCUUCCCUCUACUCAAGACGCAUUUCCUCAGAGGGAGAGGCUGAUUAGCCUAGCUUGAGUCACAUGUUCGCCCUUGGCUAAGGGAUAGUCGGUCUUGUUUGACAGUAUUACCAAGACCAAAGGGAAACCAAAUAAGGAAAUGUAAACUGGCAUCUUAAAUACAACAGAUGUUUCUACAAUGGCCUUCCUCAAAAGAGUUGGUUUUGAGUUAUAUUUAGUUUGUCCCCCCACCAAAAUAUUGCCCCAUCCCAAUAUAUUUCGUUAUAUUUAGUUGACCACUAUCUCCUACUUCCUUUUGAUUAACCGCAUGCUUUUGAGAGUUGCCUGUUUGGGGAUAGAGAUGUGAUUGUAGAAUAAUUUUUUUCUAUCAGUCUACUUAUGAAUAUGAUCUACUGGCAAGUAAAUCUGAUACCCUAUCCAAGUUAGUUCCUUUUAUAAUUAGUAAGAUUUACCUGUUGCAGUAUCUUACAAAGUUUUCCAUUAAAUACUCCUAAAGACAGAGUAAGUGAAUAGUAGAGAUUGAGUGGAUGAGCAAAGACGCUUACUAGAAGCCAAAAUUUUCUUCAGUGUCAUGUUUUAACGUUUUAUGCAAAUUUUGCAUCACUUGCUUUAUGUCC